AUGUCGUUUGGUUUGAAUACGUUUCAGCAGUAUUCCUCAGGAACAGGACUAGGAAAUAAUGGUGUUAAAGUAGCGCUCAGCUAUUUUGAUGGGAUUCCAGAUCAAGCUCAUAUUUCAAGCUUGCGGUCUAGCGAAUUACAGCUUAUAUUUAAAUCACUGCUAAAAAGGGAUGAUACUACCAAAGAGAAGGCAUUGGCCGAGUUAUUACAGUUAAUUGAGAAUCCAUCUACAGAUAAGCAUGUGUUAAAGGAUGAUAUACUGUGCCUUUGCUGGUCUCAGAUGUAUGCGAAGAUGGUUGUGAAUGAUUUGAAGUCUAUCCGGAGUGCUGCGCACCAAAUUACCACUCGAUUGAUUAAGUUAUUGAAAAAAGACGGUACGAGAUACCUGAAGGAUUUUAUUCCUUUGCUGCUUUCGGGACUUUAUGAUAUAGAUAUAUCCGUUUCUAGGAGCACAUCUGCCAACCUAUUGGAUUGUUUCAACGACGAUGUAUCGAAAAUCCAGGCGUUGUGGAAAUUGUUUCCCGAGCAAAUACUCAACUAUGUUCGGGAAGUUAUUGUUGUAGAAAGCGAAGGCACUCUCUCGGAUGAGAGAUACGUAGCUAAGAAAGAUGCUGAACUGAGAUAUAUCCGAGUUGUCACCGGUUCUAUAUUGUUAUUGAUCCAUUUGUUGAAGGCAUGCAGAGAAGGCGUUGAAGCACACAAAGAUGUUUACUAUGAGAUUCUUUCUACGGAAAGCCUUUGGAAAUUGCUAAGCUUUAAAAACAAUGGUAGCAUAAAGGCAUAUCAAGCUAUUCUACAAUUAAUGGAUGUGUUGAUGGAGAAUGGUGAUUUCCAGAACAAUGAGGAUGUUUUCAAGAUGGCUGUGAAGACAUUUUUUAAGUUUAUGGCACAAAUUAACAGUAAGAAUAUAAUAUUUGUCUCCCAGCUGCUAACUAGGAUGGUUUCAACUCUUGUAAAUCUAAACAGGUUCCAAGACGGCCGGAUAUGGUCGCGUAGCAAAUCUUUUAAGACUACUGCAUUUCAAUUCCUUCUUCUCUCUACGGAGGUUUCAGAAUCGAGUUAUUAUCCUAAGCUGUACGAAUUAUACAAAGGAUGUAAAGUUUUCUCAUAUCUUACGGAUUGGAUACUUCUUUGGAGAAAGCAUGUUGAAAAGGAAUUUGGAAGAAAACUCCAGGACAGGAAUAGUGAGCAACUACUGGUUGAGUGCUGGAAGCAUUAUUGGGCUGUAGUCCAAGAUUCUGAAGAUCAUGAAACCCGUUUGACCGCACAAAAGGAGGCCAUUAUGCUCCUUCAUGCGAAACGUCUUGGAGAUUAUCCUACUUUGGUCGAUAUACUAAUGAAAGUUUUUCCUGUUGAGCUUCUAUCGGAGGAAAUUAAAAAUAAAAUAACAACUGCUAAGGAUAUCGAAGAUGAGGACGCAAUUUAUAUUGAAAAUUUGCUGACAGUUUUACUUUCUAAUUCAAAUAAUAAGGAGUCCGUAAGAAACUUGGCAAAGCUCGUCCUCGGUACAUUAGAAAAUGGUGACGAUCAUUCUAUAGAGUAUGGUCUUCGCAUAUUCCAGAGGAUUAUUAACUCAGGGAAUACUUUAGCAAAAGAAGAGGUAGAUGCUUUUGCAUAUCAGUUACCCAUAUUUAUGAAUGAAUCUAGGCUUGAACUUCCGUCAAAGAUACUGUCUGACUACUCGAAAUCAAGAUUUUUAGAUAACCCAAAAGAUGAUACUACGCUUUCUAUCUUUUCAGACUAUAUUAUAGUUAUUAAGCAGUUGGAUAUCAGUAAGAGUCAAGCUUUCUCACUCAUUGAUAACCUUUCUCGUGACAUACUACACGCUUUAUCUGGUUCCUCUCCUGAUUAUAUUGAGUUCAUUGAUGAAUAUAUUCGAACAUACGAUUUCAAUGAUAAACAGGUUUUUCACUCAAAUUUACUGUCUAAGAAUGUCUUAAAGAAACUUUACUACAGAGCUCUGUCAUCUGGUAAUAUGGUUCCAUUUGCUUCCAGCUUAAUGAAGCUUCCUAGUGAAUUCUACUUCGAGAUUUUUGAGAAUACAUCCUUCCUAGAUGAAAUUCAUAAUACUCUCCCCAAAUCUCUAAUAGAGGAGGUUAUGAGUUUAUUAUUACCCCUUGUAAAGGAGAACAACAAUAUUGCUAAGCGUGUCGCUAAGUCAGUACUGUUUGAAGCUAGUUCCAGAAAGAUUGGGGAGUCUGAUGAUCUGAUUAACUAUGCUUUAAGAUUAAUUGAUGCAAAUAAUACUGUCGUAACGGAGUUAUUUCCUUCUGACAUCGGUGCGGCAUUUAUCAACUACGUACCAAAACUCGAUCAUAGUUUUGCAAUUUAUGGCCCAUCAGAUGUAGUUAUACAUCUAUUGGACAUUUCACCCGAGGACAAAUUUGAUGUUGAGCAGGCACAUAAAGGUUUAAAUUACGCUUUCUUCUUACAUUCGUUGGUAUCUACGCGUGCAGACUUGCAAGAUGAUAAUCUUUUAUUAUUCUUUACAAUGAUGAGCGAAUUGGAGGGUCAUUAUCGCUCUAUAAAUCCUAAGUCAAGAGAGUCGUCUUGGCAUUUUCAGAAUACAAUAUUCAGGCAGCAUUUACACUUUGAUCCGCAUGAUAUAUUUAUUUCAAUAAUUGAAGGUUUUUCGGACUCUAAAAUUUUAAAUUGGCUUGUUUCGAGACAUAAUUCUCCAGUUGUUAUAUUUUAUAAUUGCAGAAUCCUCAGAAGUUUACUGCAAAGAUCUUUCGUUUCUACCUCCUUCACUGAAUAUGAGGAACGUUUCAAUUCCAACAAGUUUAUCCAGGAUAUAGUAAGAGCUACAAACGCUUCAUAUAGCGAAAGGUUGUUUGCUGCAACUUUAUUGGGCUCCACUACAAAAUUUCGUGUAGAUAGUGCAAAUUUAGCGAGGACAAGAAAUAUGUUGGCGGCCGAAUUAAUUGGACUAAAAGGUCAGACAUCUGUGAUAAAGUCAACCAAUAUUAUCAUAUUAUAUCUUACUCUAGUGCGGGUUGAGACUGACAAUGAGGAUUUGACAGCUGAGCCAGUAUCCGCUCAAAGACUUAAUAUGCUUGUUUCAAAUAUCCAUUCCUGGCUAGAUAGUGAUUAUUGUUAUGAUGAUUCAUUCGCUGAGGUAAGGUUGGCAUUGGUGAUGAUGGUAAUAGAAUUUUUGAGGUAUCCUUCAGUGCAAAGCAAAAGCCAGACAUUCUGUGAUUUAGCGGUGAGGCUUCUAGUAGAUAGCCUAAGUCUUUGCCAGAUUCCAGACACUUUAUUUCUAAGUGAAUUAGGCAUUGCGGUGUUAAAACUAUACCAAAUUUUAGCAAAAUUGGUUGCAGAAGAUAAAAUAGAUGAUACAACAUGGUCCAAUAAUAUUGAGGAGGUCCAAGAAGCUAUAAUUCAGAUGGGUUUUAAUACUACGGAAAUUAACGGUAACGAGCCCCCUAUCGCUUUCUACAAUAACUUGAAUAUAGUCUUGUCAGCCUUUCCAGAAAAGAGCUUCACUCCUCAUUUCCAGCUUUUUAUGGAUAUGGCUUUGUCUGAAUCUAAUGACUUGUGCUUGUUAAGAUCUGCAAUUUCUGUUCUGCGGAGGUUAAUAUUAGCACAGCAACAGGAAUUUGUGAUAGAAUAUGAAUUAAAGAAGAGCAAUCUAGGUUCAGAAUCAGAUACACUAAACUUGACAGCAGAGUUACCAGAAUCCCUGAUAGAGAAGCUGAUUAACAAUAUGCCACACUAUCUGCUUGAACAUGAGAAUCCUGCUCAUUUCAUCAGGUACUUAUGGUACUGGCACAUCUGUUUAUCUUACUUCAAAGAUGUUUCCUACAGCAUACGUCAUGAAUAUGUCAAUCAGUUAAAGAAACAUGGGCUCAUUGAUGACCUCCUAGAUUUUAUUUCUGAGCAGAUAGACCUACAAGAUCCCGAAUUCAGAUCCGCUAAUAAAGCAGAGUUGAUAGUCCAUUACGACGUUUUACAAGAGUCCCUAUUUACUGAAGAUGUUUCUUUAGAAUGCAAAAUACUUAUGGUGAGUCUUCUUUACGAAGUAUUCAACAAUAUUAGCGCGGCGCCAAGCCAUUGGUGGCUAAAUAUUAAAGAUAGGUCACUGAAGACUAAAAUUGACACUUUUGUUUCCACAUGGGUUUCCCCGAUAUUAAUCAAUAAUGAGUUAGAACUUGUAAACCAGAGAGUAGGCAAGCUAACUGAACAAAACGACAGUUUAACAAUUAAAAUAAACAAAAUCACGAGAGAGAUUAAGGCAAAGUACCUGAUUGAUGAUCAAAAUUUAGAGUUAUCAUUCAAACUACCCUCAAACUACCCAUUGACAAAUAUUCAAGUUAUAGAAGGCGCACGGGUUGGUGUUAACGAACAAAAAUGGAAAUCUUGGAUUCUAUCAACACAACGUGUUAUUUCGAGCAUGGAAGGUUCUAUUAUAGACUCGUUAGAGCUAUUCACUAAAAACGUCAAAUUACAAUUUUCCAACUUUGAUGACUGUGCCAUUUGCUACUGUAUUUUACAUGCCGUUGAUAGAAAGUUGCCCAAUAAGGUGUGCCCUACCUGUAAUAAUAGAUUUCAUGGCGCUUGUUUAUAUAAAUGGUUCAAGUCAUCAGGCAAUAACACAUGCCCACUUUGUCGUGGCGAGAUCCCUUUUAGACGCUAA